CGGUAGUUUCCAUGUCAACAUGGCGGAUGAAGCUACUAGGAAAGUAGUUUCUCAAAUCCCGCUUUUAAAGACCAAUUCCGGCCCAAGAGACAAAGAGCUGUGGGUUCAGAGACUGCGAGAGGAAUAUUUGUCUCUAAUUAAAUAUGUUGAAAACAACAAAACAGCUGAUAACGACUGGUUUCGGCUAGAAUCCAAUAAGGAGGGUACAAGGUGGUUUGGAAAGUGCUGGUACAUCCACGAGCUUCUUAAAUAUGAAUUCGACAUAGAGUUUGAUAUUCCAGUCACGUAUCCAGCUACAGCGCCUGAAGUGGCCAUCCCUGAGCUAGACGGCAAAACGGCAAAGAUGUACAGAGGAGGUAAGAUCUGCUUGACGGAUCACUUCAAACCGUUGUGGGCAAGGAACGUGCCGAAAUUCGGCCUGGCUCAUCUGAUGGCGCUGGGACUCGGACCGUGGCUCGCUGUUGAGAUCCCGGAUCUCAUCGCUAAGGGGGUGAUACAGCACAAAGAGCAGCAGGGCAGCUGAAGAACUUGAAGUGUUGAAGAUCAGUCUUAACAUCUUAACCGGCUUGACGAUGCUCCCACACACAGAUAUGCACUGAAGCUGUAAAAGUGUAACUGAAAAAACAACAACAACAAAAAAACCCUGUAUCCGGGACCAGACGAGUUUAUGGACUUCUUGUAAAUUUUAAAUAUCUAAUGUUUGCUGAAUUAUUAACACCAGAUUAAACCAAGAUAAAUGCAUUAUAA